AUGGACGAAAAGCAAGAAUAUCAUGAUCCUGACUAUCCAGAUGCACCGGUUUGUGUUAAAGAAGAACCGCCGAUGUUUACUGAAGAAGAGAGAAUCAGUAAAAUUUGUCAAAUUGUACAGCGGGAGUUUACUAACGAAGUGCAAGAGAGGGAAAACGAAGUUACUCUUAUUGAUCAAAGAAUGUCAACAGCCCGCCGCUACUUACAUCAACUGAGAUAUACUCUGGUGAAUAAUUACUACAAAGAACAGAAGUUGCAACUGUCAUACAGCCAUAUUGCAGAUGACAUUGCAGCACAGACAGAACCUAGAGCUAAAUCAGAGGUGGCGCAUCUAUUGCGCGAUAGUCAGAGAAGGUUGCAUCCGUCUUUAAGAAAACUUUUGGGAAAGAAAACCGCUGAUCUGGAUGAGAUUUUCAAGUUCAGAGGGCCCAGAAAUUCCAGAAAAGAUUAUUCUGCAAUGGUCCAAACCCGUAAUUAUACCAUAUCUGCUGACUCUACAAAAUCCCUGAGACCUGAGGGCCAAGAGCCACCGAUCGCCGAGCCUUCAACCACUAAACCCAAGAAGAUACCUCGCCAUAUUGAGCCUAAAGUAGAAAAUGUAGUCACUCUUCACGAAGCCACUAGGAAUAAGAUGAAACAUCGUUAUAGAAUUAUUAUUGGUAACACAUCAAAAUAUGCCCCCCCGGCAUCUCGCAUGGACAAGUCGACCCACAAGUGGCUUCUGUACGUCCGAGGUCCCCCAAACCAGCCCGACUUGAGCUCCAUCCUAACGGAACUCACGGCCAGGCUUCACCAUUCCUAUGCACCUCACCAUAUUGUUACCUUACGGAAACCUCCCUUCCACAUAUCGCGUCGUGGGUGGGGCGAGUUCCCCGUGAAGCUGGAUUUGCAUUUCCCUCAUCCAGAGAUGAAUCGUCCCACCACAGUCACACACAACAUUAAAUUGGAUCGCCAGUACACCGGAUUGCAGACAUUGGGAGCCGAAACUGUUGUCGACGUCUGGCUCUACAGCACCCCUGAUAUGAUAAAGUUUGAAUACAAAGAUGACGACACACAUUUACCGAAAACAGAAAACCACACAGACACACAAGCAAAUACAGAAACAGACACGCAGGCGGAGAGUCAAGACACCGGCCAAUGUACAGAGAUAAAAGAGGAGCCCCCAGAGUUUGAGCAGAAUGAAAAUGACAACUGGCUAGACUUUUUCGAGAAACCGACCGCCGUCAGCGUGGACGAUAUGAUUAUUAAGGAUAUCAAAAAAGAAGAUUCUCAGGAAUCUUCACCGACGAGGAAAGAAGUGACCAAAGAAACACUCGACGAGUCCAGCUUACCGAUCGACGUGAAGCGAGCGCGGAAGAAGAGAAUCAUGAAAUACAUGGAUCCGAAGACGGGCAAAAUUUACUAUCUGGAAAUGGAUAGAGAGCUCGACUUGACCAAAGUACAGGAAAUCGUGUUUAACUCGAAAGGAAACGUCCAAACGGCGAAAAUCAGCCCGAUCAAAAGCAACGGGCUCAAAAAGGUUAGGAGAGGCGUGUCGCUACUGAAGCCCGAGGUGAAGAAUCUACAGAAGAUAGAGAGUCUCCCGAGUCACAUAGAGAACGAUCACUGCUACUUGGGAUACAACUUCUACAACCACAAAAGGGACACUCUCCUGGAUGAUUUCAAAAAACUCAUUCCGAAGUUCCGGAACGUCCGACAAACCGUCAGUUAUUUGUUGAAGAAGAUACCGCUCAUUAGCGGUGAGGUCAAGAAUAAUGAUUUCGUUAAGUGUUUUCCGUUCGUCGUGGAGAACAGUGAACGGUAUUGGAAGUUGGAUUUUGCGAAACGAAGGAAUAUCGAGUGGUCCAGAGCGAAGCUGAUCAACAAAUUGCUAAUGGCCCACUACCCAGACACGGAGUCGAUAUGGCGGACGAAACAAAUACUCAUUUUCGCCAGACUCCACGGCUACUAUCCGAUACGAUUGGAAAACAUGCAUUCACCCCGAGACAGACCAACGGACGAAUGGUGCUCGUGGAACGACAUUGAAAAUAAUAGGAAACUGGAAUCCAACAUCAAAGAGAUGUUCCCGUCUGCCUGUGACGUGACGUCGCUGUCGAAAUUCGACGUCGACAGUUACAAAGUGUCAGAUGACGUAGUAGUGUCGGAUAGCGAUGAAGAAAUAGAUGUUCUAAGUGACAAGAAAGUGAAAGUGAGAAGUGUUAGUGAAACUGAAGUGAGCUUAAGUGCAUUACCGGUGGACAGUGACGACAGACUUAGGUUUCUAUACAUUGAACGGAUGUGUGCAGACAUUGGAAUAGAGUUAAGGAAUGAAGAUGUGGGGAAUGGGUAUUCAUAUAGUGCCGUCCACGCCGUGAUGUUAUCAGCGAUGCGCAGCUUCGCAGACCAAUUGGUGCGGGAUUCUCUGGCUGUGAAACUGAUGGAAGGCGCAUCCUCACAUCAUCCACCUCCCACUUGGAGCGGGUCGUCGUCCCGAAUCCCCGUCCAGUUGGAACACGUGUAUCGAGCGGCUUCGCAUUUGCCCCACGUCGCCAACACCGCGCUGGGCACCACUCCCAAACAGACUUAUACAAUAUAA